AUGGAUACGUCUCAGUCACUCGUGGAUGCUGGUUUCACCUCGUUCGAUACCGCGCUUCCUUCAAUCGGCUCUACUUCCGCAGAAGAUUUGUCGCUUCCCGCCAUUGAUACAACUUUACCAUCCUUUGACUCCACUUUGCCAGCAAUUGGAACUGAUAUUCCUACCAUGGAUGACGACCAUACGUUUGAUGACAGCCAUUUUGGCACACACCACGACUCCCAUACCGGAUCUGUAGAACCAGGCAACAGCGGGCCUGGGUCUAUGAAUGGAUCAUCGCAUUACGACGCGACAUCGAAUGGAUACCAAUACACCCAUAAUCAUCAGUCGCAACAGUCAAAUCUCCAUCAUCAGUCUCCUCAGGCGCAGUCCCAGCAUCAGUUCCAAGCGCAACCUCAGCAAAGUUACCAACAGAGCCCGGAUAUGUAUCACAACUCUGGCUUCUCAACUGUCAAUUCAAACUCUGGAAACAAUGGUCAGGGUCAGCCCGGUCAGAUGCCGCAAGCCCCGAUUGGAUCCCCCAUGCCACCAAUGUCAUCAAUGGGCCAGUAUAUGACUGGUUAUCCCUCCAACGUAUCUCAAUCUGGUAUGAGUCAAGAUGGGCAAAUGCAGUACCCACACGCAGGAGAUCCCAACCAGAUGCUCUCAGGUGGGCGACAUAAAAAGGAAGUCAAGCGCCGUACAAAAACCGGGUGUUUAACUUGUCGUAAGCGUCGAAUUAAGUGCGACGAAGGACACCCUGUUUGUCGAAAUUGCGUGAAAAGCAAACGUGAGUGUUUAGGCUACGAUCCCGUUUUUCGACCUACCGCAUCAGCUCCUUCGGCCAUCCAACCUGCACCUAAUCCGCCGCCAUCUUUGGUCGUCAAUCCCCAAGGCCCUCCUGCUACCUCUGUGCCAUCAUACCCCUCUGCCCCCCCUGGGUAUAUGCCCGCUUCCUCACAACCAUUUGCGCCAUCCCUUCACUCCGAAUCACCUAGCACCUCCACUGAUCACCAAAUUGAUCACCGAACCUCUGUUGAUACCUCGAUUGGCUUGAGCAAUACCCAAACACCCACCAUGCAGGUUUCUCAUGAGACAGGGCACCAGAACCCUGAACCUUCUUACAAAGCAAAAAAUCUUCAUGUCAAUGACCUGCUCUCCCUAAGAGGAAUUGCCCCUCCUCCCCCUCACCCUAUCACAAGCCUCCCCGCUGGCCGACUCGAAGAAAUCCAAGCUGUGUUCCUCGCCACAUAUGCACCUGCUAUUGAUAAGCUCCUGGAAGUUCGAUGGUACUCCGACAAGGCACUCUCAGUUUUGAUGGCGGAUAAUCAGCUCAUGGCAGAUUAUUCUGCGUUGAUUAAUGCGUUCAAUGACUGGAACCUCAGCGAUGGCAACACUCUGGCUCGUCUGGAGAGCUUUGAAGCGUCUAUUAUUUGGAGGAGUAUGUUAUUGUGUCGUCAAGCACAAACACAGCUUCCAGAAAAUGGACAAUUUGGACAGGAUUGGAAUUUGACUGCUGCGGCCGCUCGUUUGACCGCUGUUGAAGCUCUUCUGAGCUGGAACCAUCUGGAUCAUAACUCUUUAUCUCGUGCGAUGGGCAUGGAGGCUGCCAACCCACCUAAUCAACCCGAUCAAUUCCUGGCUCGGCAGAUAGAUUUCUGGGGUGAGAUUGGUUCAUUCCUCACAAUGCACGAUAACGAAGCGAGCUCGGCAAAAGAAAUUGAUGACACUCUCGGACGCUGUCGCCAAUUACUUGAUACAUAUGAAAACCGUGAUAUCAUCUAUUCCAUCGCCAUUGCGCGACACUUGGGACAACGAUGGACGGAUUUCCCCAAUAGCUUACCGAAAGUGGGAGGCACGAAUGAGAAAGAGUCCGGCACCAAACUCUUUGUCGCGCAGAAGUUCAUUGAGGAAGAGGCUGAGGGCAAGGGUACUACCCAGAUCUACAAGCGAAUUUGUUGCAUGGCAGUUCGCUCGUGGUGGGUUGCUCGCGAGUAA